AUGUUCAGACCUAAUGCCUGGAUCUGCCGUGAAUCAGAAGCUACGUCUGGAAAGUGGCAAUACAUGUCCAGCUCUCCAGGGAUGCCCAGGGCAAUGAAAGCAGGCUUGGAUGACAAAAUGACAGAUAAUGGCAACUUGGACGAGAUAUUACCAGAAUGGGAGAAAAAGUUAAAGGGUAUAAAAAUACCUUCUUCAUUUAACAAGAUACCCCAAGAGACUGGGAAGACAUUCCCUCACUCCAAACAAGUUGGGAAUUACCUAGUAGGCAAAAUGAUCAACAAGGGCUCCUUUGCCAAGGUGAUGGAGGGACUGCACAUCCCCACAGGGGAGAAGGUAGCCAUAAAAGUCAUUGACAAGAGGAAAGCCAAGCAGGAUUACUAUGUUUUAAAAAACAUGAAGCGUGAGCCACGGAUACACCAGAUGAUUAAGCACCCCAAUGUUGUUCAGCUAUAUGAGACCUUGGAGACUGACAACUCCUAUUACAUGGUGAUGGAGCUGUGCCUUGGUGGGGACCUCCUGGACAGAAUUUGUGACAGAAAGAGGCUGGUGGAAGAGGAUGUAAGGAGAUACACCAGGCAAAUUCUGUCUGCAGUAGAGCACCUGCAUUGCCAGGGGAUUGUUCACAGGGACCUAAAAAUUGAAAAUUUUCUUCUUGAUGAGAACAACAACAUCAAAAUCAUUGAUUUUGGACUGAGCAAUACUGCAAGGUUUGAGGGUCUCUCCCAGGAGCUGUUACAUACCCAGUGUGGAAGUCCAGCUUAUGCUGCCCCAGAACUGCUUGCUCAUAAGAAAUAUGGUCCAAAGGUGGAUGUCUGGUCCAUAGGUGUGAGCAUGUUUGCUAUGCUAACGGGCACAUUACCCUUCACAGUGGAACCUUUCAAUAUCAAGCAACUACAUCAAAAGAUGUUAAUUGGAGAAAUCAGCCCUAUUCCAUCAGAUAUUUCCACUGGAGCUAUACAAUUCAUGCAGUCUCUACUUGAGCCCGACCCUGCUAAGAGGCCUGGAGUCAAAGAAGCAGUAAAAGACAAAUGGUUGAAUGAAGGUUUCACCAGGAAAAUACUGAAUGCUGCUGCCUCUGAGAACAGAUUUUGCCCCAGUGAAUUGAAUCCUGUUGUUUUAAACUACAUGACAGAAAUUAUGGGGUUCAGUCUUUCAGAAGUUAUCAACACUUUAAUAAAUAACAGACCCUCUCCUGCCAUGGCUUCUUAUUGCUUAUUGCUGAAGAAACUGCUCAGGUACCAGAAAGACCACAAAAGAGCUCAGAGGGAAUAUGAAGCAGAAAAACACAGUAUUAAUCCCAACAAACAGCUGAAUAAAGAGUCAGAAACUAAGAUUUCCCAGAAGACUGAAAAGGACACUCUGGAAAACCUCAGAAAUUAUGGCAAUACGGCAUUUCCUACUGUACUAACACUGGCAAUGCAAAAUGCUAUUCAAGAAGAUGAUAUCACAAUUGCAUUGGAAAACCAAGAAAACUUCUCAAAAGUUUCCAAGUUUGCAGGCAGAGAGUUGGUCCACUGUGGGCCUCCUAAGUCAUCAAGCAAAAGUAUGCCAUGUGAGCCCAUUUAUCAGCCACUUUUGGACUCUCAGAACAGUCAGAAUGAUUUUGAAGACUUGACAGAGGCCAGAAAACCAUGUCUUCAUGAGAAAUCCUCAUCCACACCAGCAAACCAGCAACCUCCCUUUUCAAACAUCCAAGAAAUGACAAGUACAAGAAAAGUACCUGCACGGUCCCUGAUGGAAAACAGAAUUAUUACCAGAAGCCCUUUGCCUCGUCAGGACAUGAGGUUUAAAGAUCUUCUAAAGGCAGUAUAUGACAAUAUUUACAUCCCAACACAGAGGCAACUUGAUAAAGACAGCGCUGACCUCCUCGUGAUUGACUCUCCCCAGUUGUCACCUUUCCCCAGGCUGCAACAAGCUACCCUGAGAGAAACCCUACCUAGAAAGAUUCCCUUGAUGGGGGCAACACAGGAACACAGAGAUAUCUGCCCUCUUGUUAUAGUGAAUGGUUCAAAACCACCGGCUUUCCCCAUGCCCCAACAGCAAAAGUUUACCAUAAGAAGUAUGAGGCAAUUUAAAGAAAACUCAAAUCAUUUUUUCAAUAAGAAAACUAAGAAAAACUUUAUUCAGCUCAGACACAUACCUACAACUACAGAUGUAAAUCUUCCAGUUUUACGCCCACCGUACCAAACCACAUUGGGGAAAAAACCAGAGAUUCUAAGGUUAAAUUUUGCAUAAAUAAAUCACACACAAAACAUCAGAAGGAAAAAGGAUGAAGGAGCAGGUAAGAAACAAAGGUGGACAGACAGAGAGAGCAAGAAAAGGAAGGUGGGAGAGAUUAAUCCAAUCUUAAAAUUAGAAUCAUCCAAACACAAAAGAAUUAUAUGAUUAAAGCUGUGUAUCCUCUGACAUCAACCAAACGCCAUGCUACAAAUUUUGUGGAGCACAACAAAGACACAGAAAAACAGAUGCCACUGUAACAGAACAACAUAAUGUAUAUUUAGGCACAAAAGUGGACACUGAGGGCAGAAGAUGUGAUUUUUAAUAUUUUGUACCAAAACAUGUCCUAAACUUGUGUUACUAUUCCUUAUGCAUUUCAUUAGGGAAAUAAACCUGGGCAGGCAAUUUUCAUUAAGCUGUGAACAUAAUGCAGAAGGUAAAAAGCCAGCAGCAGUGAGGGAAUAAACAGUUUUGGGGGGAUUGCCAUGAUACACAAAAUAGUCAUGGCACUGAUAAAUUAUUUGUUUGUUUCUUUGCUAGUUUGUUAGUUUUAACUGUGUGUAUUCCAAUUAAUGGAGAACAUGCAACCUAACUCCCCUGAGAGUUAGUUGCAUUUUCUCUGUAAAUUUAACAACUUAAUUAGUAUUGCCUGUUUGUCACUGCCUUUGCAAUGUUUGUACCUUACUAUUGAAAACAUGAAUUUUCUCUCAGUUUCAAUGUAUUGUGGUUCUCAGUUAGAUUGUCAUAGUACUAAGCUUUAAGCCUUUUUCUGUCCUCAAACAAGUUUUAUAUCAGUUUAAAUCCCUUAAGUUCAAUGGAUUUGAACUUGACUGACACCAACAGAGGUGAGAAUACAAUAGGAGUUUUCAUAUUUGCUGCUCUGUAGGAUCCCACAUAAAAGGGGAAUGUUUAUAAUUUAGGAAAUAUUUAUGUCUUGAAUAUGUUUUAAGCUUUGGAGCACCCCUAAAAAGCACUUUUCAGUGAAUAUAUGUUUUGAAACAAAUGGAUUCAACUGUAAGUUUACAUUUCAAUUCACUG